AUGUUAUUUGUAGAAGCAUCAUCAAAAGUGAUUGGAUCAUAUAAAUAAAAAGCCUAAAUUUGUUUCCAAGAAAUUUAAUAAGAAAUAGAAGUAAAUCCCUUAAUUGUUAUUAUAGUCAUCCUACAAUGGAAUAAAUGAUGUUAUUGAUAAAAAGUUUGCAUUUUCUGAUUUAGGUGGAGCUAAAAUGUCGACAUCACCCAUUAACGUAUAAAUUAAAAGUUUAGAAAUACCUUCUUAACUAAAUUUUUUAAAAUGA